AUGCAAGCUCUGCAAGCUUUAGAAGCUAUGGAGCAACUAGGAAAUGCUCCGCAUCGUCGUCGUAAGGUUUACCAGAAGAGAUAUGAUCCGUUUUCUUUGCCCGAUGUAGAGUUCAAAAAGCGAUACCGCUUCAAUAAACAUACGGCAUCUUUUAUAAUUGAUCUUGUAAGGCAGGAUUUACAACUGGACCCAAGGGGUUGUGGUACAUCACCAGAAUUGCAGGUGUUAACUGCCAUUAGAUGUUGGGGACGUCGUGAAGUUCAAGAUGAUGGGGGAGACCUUCAUGGGUUGACACAACCAACUGUGAGUCGCAUUUGUGCCAGAGUAGCUCGCGCGAUUGCUCGUCACUCUGAGACGUACAUAAAAAUGCCACAGUCUCUGGCAGAAGAGCAAAGGGUUGUAAGGGAAUUCUUAGAGAUAAGAAAUUUCCCUUCUGUGUUGGGUUGCAUUGAUUGUACUCACAUAAAAAUAAAGAAAUCUGGUGGUGAUGCAGCUCAUGUUGCACAAUAUUGCAAUAGGACAACAGGAUUCGGUACCAGAUCAUGA